UCUUCCGCGGCAAAGGGCGAGCGAGCGACGGUCUAGAUGUAGCUCGAUGUCGCCGCAUUGUACUGACAGGUUGGACCUCUAUCCUUUCUUCCACCAACUCACCCACCUCUCUACGUUCGCUCUUACCUCCUUCUCCUCCUCCGUCUGAUCUUGUUCGUCGAGAGCUACCUCCUCGCGAACCCAUCCCUCCCUCGAUUUCGCUCCCCUUCCCAAUCAACACCAACCAGUCCAUCCACCAUGAAUCCAGACUUCCAAGGGUUCAAACCUCCAUCAUGGAGUCCAGAACUCCCCGAAAUCCCCGACUCCAUCUCGCUCGAGCGAUUCAUGCUCGAUGAGAACUACAGCCGCCAUCCCAUCGGCUACUCCGAGCCGCCCUUCACCUGCGGCGCAACAGGCAAGACGUACAGCGCCUUUGAAGUGAAAGAGCGCGUGAACCACCUGGCGCGCGGGCUGUCCAAAGAGCUUGGCUUCGACCCGCACAAGGGCUCGGAAUGGGACAAGGUGGUGGGCUGCUUCAGUCUCAACACCAUCGACUACCUGACGCUGUGUUGGGCGGUGCACAGGCUCGGUGGCAUUGUUAGCGCCGUCAGCGCUGCCUACGGCCCGAGCGAGCUGGAAUACCAGAUGCAGCAUUCCGGCUGCAAGGCCAUCUUCACUUGCUUGCCGCUGCUCGACACUUGCAAGAAGGGCAUCACCAAAGCCAAGAUCCCUGAUGAUAAGAUCUUCCUUCUCCCCAUGGCGGACAAGUUUACCCAAGGAUUCAAGAACCCUGGCCUCAGGACUGUGGACGACCUGAUCAAAGCCGGCUCCAAGCUUCCCGAGCAAGAGCCCUCCGACGCACGCUGGGAGAGGGGCGAGGGUGCCCGCCGCACCGCCUUCCUCUGCUACAGCAGCGGUACUUCUGGCCUGCCCAAGGGCGUGAUGAUCUCGCAUCGGAACGUCAUUGCCAACACGAUCCAAAUCACCACCCACGAGACCCCGACGCGGGAGAAGAUUAUGCGCGCCAACAACCUGCAAUCCUACACGGAAACCUGCCUCGGCCUCCUCCCCAUGUCGCAUAUCUACGGCUUGGUCGUCAUCUCCCACGUCGGCCCGUAUCGCGGAGACGGCGUCAUCGUCCUUCCAAAAUACGAGUUCAAGGAGCUCCUGCGCGUCGUGCAGGACUACAAGAUCGCUAUGCUGUACCUCGUGCCGCCCAUGAUUAUCCACUUGGUGAAGGAGAAAAAGACAGUCGACCAAUACGAUGUUUCUUCCGUGAGGGCCUGUUUCACCGGCGCUGCACCUCUGGGUCCUGAAACGGCCGAUGCGCUUGGCAAACAGUUCCCCAAAUGGUCUCUUCUCCAAGGAUAUGGCAUGACAGAAACGGCCACCGUAGUCUGCUCCACCCAGCCGCAUGACAUCUGGUUUGGUACUUCGGGCUCCAUUCUACCGGGCUACACCGUGCGCAUCGUCACUCCAGAAGGAAAAGAGGUGACGGAGUAUGGGCAGGUCGGAGAGCUUUGCGCCAAAUCGCCGUCGGUGGUGCUGGGAUACUUGGACAACAAGAAGGCGACUGACGAGACUUUCGUGGAGUUUGCUGACGGACGGUAUUGCAAGACGGGAGACGAGGCGAUGAUUAAUAGGAGCAAGGAGGGACAUGAUCACGUCACCAUCACGGACAGAAUCAAGGAAUUGAUCAAAGUCAAAGGCAACCAGGUCGCUCCAGCCGAACUCGAAUCCCAUCUCCUCGCCCACCCGGCCGUCAACGACUGCGUCGUCAUCGGCAUCCCCAGCGAGCGCGAAGGCGAAGUGCCCAAAGCCUUCGUCGUCAAAGACGCCAGCGUCAAAGACAAGUCCGACGACGAAAUCAGCAAGGCGAUCCAAAAGCACGUCGCGGACCACAAGACGGAUUACAAGAAGUUGCGGGGCGGGGUGGAGUUCAUCGAUGUCGUGCCUAAGAGUGCGAGCGGAAAGAUUUUGAGAAGGUUGUUGCGGGAUCAGGAGAAGGCGAAGCUGAAGAAGAAGGGGCCGAAGUUGUGAGGGCGGCGGAUGUACUCGUGGUGGAAGUGGGGGGGCUGGUGCGUGGAGCUUUUCGGAUGUUCGUUUGAUUUGCUAGAUAUAUGGCGAGGUACAUGGAUCGAAUGUCGAACGUAUUGACUUUGUUGAGGAUAUACAUGAACAAUGGCGACCUGCAUCGUGAGGCUGCAAGGCUGUGGUGGGGAUCCAUUGCUUCGUCAGGCUGACAAAGGUUGGCCUUACGUCGAUCUCUACUCCCUUUUUCUGUUUUCGGCUCUAUGCUUGAUCAUGUAACAUGACUAGCCGGU